AUGAGGUUCGCCAAGAAAGGAAAAUUGAGCCCUCGGUAUAUAAAACCCUUCAAGAUCUUAGAAAGAGUUGGAGCAAUAGCAUAUCAGUUGGCAUUACCGUCAGACCUUUUGAAUAUUCGCCUCGUGUUUCAUGUGUCAAUGCUUAGGAAGUAUAACUCGGAUCCAUCUUAUGUAAUACAGUAUAAGACCAUCCAGCUAAAAGAUGAUUUGACCUAUGAGAAGCAACUGGUAGCUAUCCUUGAUCAGCAAGUCAAAAAGCUCCGUUCAAAGGAUGUAGCCUCAAUGAAAGUGUUAUGGCGAAACCACACCAGUGAGGAGGUAACGUGGUUCCAACGAGGCCCCACAACCCCAUUUGAUCCAGUAGUGGAGGUUAGAGUCGAUUAA